GGAGGACAGAGGACGGAGCGGAGCGGCGCACCGGGACCUGGAUCUGUACGACGCACAAACACAACAAGACCUCAACUGACCGACCGACAGGCAGGCAGGCAGGCAGGAGCGGAGCAGCAUGGAGCUGUGAGGGCUGCCGACAGACCGGGACCUGCUCCCCCUCCCCAAAUAAACAACACUUGAUUUAUUUAUUUACCGCAUCUGAGAGAUUUUUCCUCCCUAUCAUGGAGACCACAGGCUGCUGGCUGCUCCUGGCGCUGCACUUCAUCCUCAUUUCCCCACAAGCUGAAGGAUAUGCAUACAGGAAUCAACGCAAGUUCUCAGAGGACAUUGACUGGUCAUAUGCAGGAACUUUGAACCAAAAAAACUGGGCUAAGAAGUUUCCGUCCUGCAGCAACGCCAAACAGUCUCCCAUCAACAUCGAGGAGAACCUGGCCCAGGUGAAGCUCCAGUACCAGAAGCUGAGGUUUGAAGGAUGGGAGAGGCUGACCGCUGAGAGCACGACCAUCAAAAAUGACGGCAAAACUGUGGCUUUGGAUGUGGUUGGAGAGUUUUAUGUGAGUGGUGGCGGCCUCUCAUCAAAAUUCAAGGUGGGACGCAUCACCUUCCACUGGGGGCGUUGUAACUCCUCUUCAGACGGCUCCGAACACAGUCUGGAUGGAGUCAAAUACCCUUUAGAAAUGCAGAUUUACUGUUAUGAUCCUCUUCGCUUUGACACCAUAGAUGAAACCGUCAAGGCGGGAGGCAGAAUCACAGCGCUCGCUGUCCUGUUCGAGACCAGCACUGAACUGAACUUGGACUACGCGUCCAUCAUCGAAAGUAUCAACAGCGUGAGCAGAUACGGAAAAAGCAGCAAUGUUGAGCCUUUCACUCUGAGGGGUCUGAUGCCCAACUCCACUGAGAAAUAUUUCAUCUACAAUGGCUCUCUAACCACACCGCCCUGCAGUGAGACCGUCGAGUGGAUCGUAUUCAAGAACACGGUGGCCAUCUCUGACGAACAGCUGGAGGUGUUCUGUGAAGUGAUGACAAUGCAGCAGGCCGGAUACGUGAUGCUGAUGGACUACCUGCAGAACAACUACAGGGAGCAGCAGGAGCAGUUCAUGGGUCAGGUGUUCUCCUCCUACACUGGCAAAGAGGAGGUCCUCACCCCGGUCUGCAGUUCUGAACCAGAGAACAUCCAGGCUGUUCCGUACAACCUCAGCAGCCUGUUGGUGACGUGGGAGCGGCCGCGGGCGGUGUACGACGCCAGCAUCGAGAAGUACUCGGUCAGAUACCGACUGGAAAACACAGAAAACUCAGCCGCCACUGAGUACCUGACAGACGGAGACCAGGAUGUGGGGGCGAUCCUCGAUGACCUGUUAGCGAACACCAGCUACGUGGUCCAGGUGGUGGCGGUCUGCACCAACGGUCUGUACGGACGAGUGAGCGACCCGCUGAAGGUCGCCAUGCCCGUCGACGACCCUGAAAAUACGCUGGAUCCAAAUUCAGAUGAGUUUGAUGAUGAAGGCAACUAUGAACCUGAUCUGUCCUGGAAUGAGUCCGUGCAAACUGAAGACUACGGUCUGGCCUGGAUUCCUACAAACCCACCGAGAACCGCAACCACUGAGUCGCCUCUUUUACCUCUGCCUGAUGUUAGAACCACAGCAGCAGAAACAGGGUGGAGAAGAACAGCCACAGAUCCUUCAGUCAAAUCCACCAAGUCAGUCCAGAGUUCCACUAAAGAGACUUCCCUGCACAGUACCUCCACCCGACCACCAGAGGUCAUUGUAUCACCAGAAACCAGAGGAGACAAUGACUUCAGAGCUCCUGUUUAUUCCACCACAACAACCAGAAAUGUCCAAACUACCACCACCCCCUUACACUCCAGUACAAAGACAGGCAGCAUUGUCAGAAGUCCAGAAGAUUCUACUGAGAAAGCUAAAGGUGGUGUUAGCACCACCCCUUCAACGUUCACCAGUCCAAAGACAAAAGAUGGGAAAACUAAAUUGUCACACAGAACCACUCCACCCACUGUGGCAUCCAGUUUAAGUAAGACGAGCAGCACGUCUUCAUCCUUCAUCCAUGCAGUGAGUGAUCGAGGUCUGCUGCGUCCUGUAAAUGAAGACACCACCCCUGCUUCGAGUCCUGAAUCUGGAGUCGUUACAAAGAUCCACAGAGAAACCACAAAACCUGCAAGUGAACGUCUUCCACACAGACCCACGACUUCCAGCAUGCCUCAUUUUUCCACAACCUCUAUCAAGUUGAGUGGCGUUCUGUUGCAGACCACAGCGCCACUGUCCAACGGUGAGAGCCCCUCUGUCCUCCCCUCCACCUCCACCUCCUCUUCCUCCUCCUCCUUCACUUCCUCCCCUGUGUGUGACACUGCGGAUCCUGGCAGCGUCCCCUCCGCCUGCCUGCAUGUCCCUCCCUCCUCCUCUUGGCCUGUGUUGUCUGCCUCCACCUCGGACUCCCAGCAUGCCGCUACCGCUGCACUGUCUCGCAAAGACCCGGCUCCUCCUUCAACCCCUGCGCUUGUCGCCUCCACCCUGCCUCACCUCCCUCACCCCUCACACCCUGUGUCUGGUUGGCACACUGUCUCCCAUGGUGUUGGGUUCGAUGAUAGUGAUAGGGAUGGUGAUGCGUUGUCUGGUUCUUCAGCGUCUGCAGUCUCUUCGGGUGACCCCUCCACAUUUAGUGAUACCCCUCCUCUUCAGUCGGUACCGGAUCCAUCUGGUACUAAUGCCGCCACCGAAUCCUCCUGGGAUUCCUCGCUCUCUACAAUCUCCUUUUCUCUCAGUCCGACCCUCCAGCCCUCAGUCGUCCUCUCUAGUGACUUCACCCUUUUUGGCGCCACCCCCGGCUUAUCUCGCUCUGUCUCAUUUGGGUUUGACGACUCCAGGUACGCCACAGGGAGCACAAUAGACAGUAUUCUUCCUGAGGUCAGUGGUGAUGGGUUUACAGUAGCGAGUGACGUGGACGCUAUGUGUGGCUGUUCUCUGGAGCCCUCAGCGUCUUCGUCCUGGUUGCAUGCCUCUCCUCAUUUCCCCCUGCCGUCCUCAGCUUGGGACUCUGCUAGUUUAGAGCUUUACUCUAGCUUACCUUCAGCUCCUGGUGUCGGUGCAGACGACUUCCUGAGUUCUCUGUCUGUGGGGGCGUCUGAUGGUCUGUCCUUAGACCAGCCUCUGCUCUCCCAUAGCGCUGUCUCCCCAACAUUAUCCUCUCCACACUCACACCUUCUCCAAGCCUCAAAUAGUGACCUGCCCAUUUCUGUUGCAGACACAGAGUCUGGCAUCACCGAUUCCUGGUUUUCGGCAUCAGAUGGGACCUCUGCCUACCCUUCCUCACCCACAGCAUCCCCCUUUACCCCCACCCCAGAGGUACAGGUGUUAGACACUAGCAGUGCCUCUGGGUCGGCCCUGUUCCCUGAUUCACAGGAGGGUGUAGAUCAAGAGUGGGACCGGGUUCAAACCUCGGCCUCUGGGGAUAGCGUGCUCCCUUAUUCGACAAAAGUUACUAACACCGUCCCUCCGUCCACGUCCUCUGAGUCCGGGCAGACCCCCGAUGAUUUGGACGACCGCUCUUCUGCGUUCUAUUUCGAAAGCGAGAGCGGCAGCGCUAUCACAUCGGAUGUAGGAGGCACAUCGACUCCGACCAUACUAGCAGUAACGUCGGCUUCACCCUGGGCGCUGGGUGGGGAGGAGGAGAGCGGCUCAGGCCAGGGUGACAGCCUGUACGACAACGAGACAUCCUCUGACUUCAGUAUCGCUGAUCGUACAGAAAGAGAGUCAGAGGAAGAGGAGCCCGUUGCAGAUGCCAGUAACAGCAGCCAUGAGUCGCGGGUGGGCUCAAUCAGGGAAAGGGAGAGGAAGGCUGUGGUUCCUCUGGCCGUCAUCUCCACCCUCACCGUCUUCGGCCUCAUCGUCCUCAUCAGCAUCCUCAUCUACUGGAGAACAUGUUUUCAGACCGCUCAUUUCUACAUCGAUGACAACUCAUCACCGAGAGUCAUCGCCCCAUCAACAGUCAUGUUAACAUCAGAUGAUCAGACUGUGUUUCCGGUGAAGGACUUUGUCCAACAUGUGGCAGAACUUCAUGACACCCUGGGCUUCCAGCGAGAGUUUGAGAUACUGAAGGAGAGUUACGAGGAGGUGCAGGUGUGCACUGUGGACAUGGGGAUGACAACUGACAGCUCCAAUCAUCCUGACAACAAAAACAAAAACAGAUACAGCAACAUCUUGGCCUAUGACCACAGCAGAGUGCGACUCUCACCACAGGCCAACAAAGAAGGGAAGACAAGUGAUUACAUCAACGCAAACUAUGUAGAUGGUUUUAAAAAGCCAAAGUCAUACAUUGCAGCUCAGGGUCCUCUGAGGUCAAGCACUGAGGACUUUUGGAGGAUGAUUUGGGAGCAAAAUGUCGACAUCAUCGUCAUGAUCACCAACCUGGUGGAGAAAGGACGAAGAAAAUGUGAUCAGUACUGGCCGUCCGAGGUGCAGGAAGAGUACGGUAACUUCCUGGUGACGGUGAAGAGUCAGAGAGAACUGGCCUACUACACCCAGAGGACCUUCAACAUCAGGAACACCCACGCCAAAAAGGGCUCUCAGAAGGGUCGCAGUAAUGAGCGGACAGUAACGCAGUACCAUUACACCCAGUGGCCUGACAUGGGCGUCCCAGAGUUGGCUCUGCCACUGCUCAGCUUCGUCCGGAAGUCGUCCAGAGCGAGAACAGACAACAUGGGCCCACUGGUUGUACAUUGCAGUGCUGGUGUCGGUCGGACGGGAACAUACAUCGUCCUGGACAGCAUGUUGAAGCAGAUCAGAGACGAAGGCACCGUCAACAUCACAGGCUUCCUCAAACACAUCCGAACACAGAGGAACUACCUGGUUCAGACAGAGGAACAGUAUGUUUUUAUCCAUGACGCCUUGGUGGAAGCCGUCUUGUCUGGAGACACAGAGGUGUCGGCUGCUCACCUGCACAGGCACAUGGAUGAGCUGCUGACCCCACGGCCUGCUGGGAGGACGCAUCUGGACAAACAGUUUAAGCUGCUCUGUCAUUCUCCAGUGAAGCAGUCUGAUUUCUCCACAGCUCUGCAGGACGAAAACCGCAGCAAAAACAGAAGCUCUGCACUAAUACCCCUUGAGAGGUCGCGAGUGCGUUUGUCUACAUCAGCUGGGGAGACGUCAGACUAUAUAAACGCAUCAUACAUCGCAGGCUACCGACAGAGUCGUGAGUUCAUCAUUACCCAGAAUCCUUUGCCAGGCACUAUAAAGGACUUUUGGAGGAUGAUAUGGGACCACAACGCUCAGGUUAUUGUGUCCCUGCCUGGGACAACAGUAAAUGGGAUGGAGGAGGAGGCGGAGCCAUGCAUUUUCUGGCCUCGCAAAGGACAGCCAAUCACCUACGAGACGUUCAGCGUCACUCAGCGGACUGAGAACCACAUCUGUAUGUCCAACGAGGACAUGAUGGUGGUCCAGGAAUAUGUACUGGAAGCUACACAGGACGACUAUGUUCUGGAGGUAAAACACUACCGCACCCCCCGCUGGCCAAACCCCGACAGCCCCAUCAGCAACACCUUUGAGCUCAUCAACCUACUGAAAAAGGAGAGCGGUUCGAAGGAAGGCCCUACCGUCAUCCAUGAUGAUGUGGGUGGAGUCACAGCAGGAACCUUCUGUGCCCUGUUGUCUUUAACCCGUCAGCUCGAGGCUGAAGGUUCAGUCGACGUCUUCCAAGUGGCCAAACUGACCAACCUAAUGAGACCGGGGGUCUUCAGUGACAUUGAGCAGUUCCAGUUUCUCUACAAAGCCAUGCUCAGUCUUGUGGGGAUGCAUGAAGAUGAGAAAACCCUCCAGUCCUCUGACAACAAUGGUACCAUCGUGGUGGGAACCGCCAGCACCGCUGAGAGCCUUGAGUCCCUGGUGUAACAGAAAAACCCUGCAAAGAACUCUUUUAAUUGAGCAUCAGCUUUUGUCUUUUAUCCUUCUUCAUCCACCAACAGAACUUCUCCUGAAGCCAGAUUCACACUUCAACCACUAAAACUCCUUCUCAUUCAGGACUUUCUCUAUUGUAGCCUGAAACUGGCAUGUUCCGAGUUUCUUCUUUGCUGGAUUUGGACUCCCUGCGGUUUUGUAUUGUGUGCCUUUUUGUAUUUUUUUUCAUUGUGUACUUCUAACAACUUUGAUACAGACUGUAGACUAACUGUCUGACAUUUUUAAUGCUGUAUUCAACUAACAAUCGUUUCCUAAAUCUUUGUAUUUAUUGGCACUGAGCCAAACGGGGAAAAAGGGAAAAAAACUGCAUCUUUUUACAUCAAAUGAUAUUUUGUUAGUGUGUCUUUUAUAGAAUCCUGCACUGAACUCCUCUUUGUAAAUACCAUUGCAGCUGUAGCAGCCAUGUGCUAUUGAAGUCAAAUAUAAAAUAAGGGCCUGGAAUAAUUAUAAGAAUAAUAAUCUAAUGUAAAUAAUAUUAUAGUAAUCACCUUGAUGGACCAAAUUUCUAUUUAUACUUUUAGAUUUUUAUAUUUUACCAUUUUUAGUGCUUUCAGAUGUUAUGAUUUAAUUCUAAUUGCUUAGCUGGAGAACAUUAAUGCUUUUAUAUUCUGGAUUUUGUAACAGACUAAACAUAAUGCAUGGGGUACUGACAUGUUUGUUUUUUAGCUGGACAUAAAACACUGCUGGAUUAUUAGCUAGGGGAUUAAAGAUGUGAAAGAACGCCAAA